CCACGCCAGCGUAGUAAAGCUCAGCAGAAGGAAACCUUUCUACAUGGUUAGUUCGUAUUUCAAGCUAUGAAAGGCAGUGAAUGGGACACAACAUUUGACAGGAAAAAGUAAUUUACAGUGAGCUGAAAGAUGCCCCACGGUUUGGAGGACGCUCGCAAGAAGUUCAUCCUGACCACAGCUGGAAACUUCUAUGGCAUAAAGCCAUCAUCAUCCCUGGCUGACAGCUCGGAGCUGAACAAUUUCUUAGAUGAUGGAAAUGAAUUCGUCCUGCUCUUCACCAGACAUGACGACAACUUUCACUUAUCAAACAAGAUUGAAGCUUUGGGAGACGGUAAAGAGAAAGUGUUGGUGUUCUUCAAACUGCAUCCCACAGUGAUCACAGAAGACAACCUUCAUCAAAGCCUGCUGGUGUCGUCCAUGCUGGAAUCUCCCAUCAGCACUCUCUAUCAGGCUGUCAGACAUGUUUUUGCACCUGUGCUAUUACAGGAUGAGCGCUGGCGCUCUUUAUUUGACCCUAAGCUGGCCAGCCUGCUGACUGAAUUGGAAGUGGGCCUUGGCUCUGUGGUUCGCCAUUCUGGAGCACAACCUUUUUCUAAGAGAGGCCGUACCGAAGAAGAUGUCCUGGGCAUCCUCACUCCUAAUGAUGAGUUCCAGUUCUGGGCGGAUCUGUCAGCAUCUGCAGAGAAGAGCAGAGUGAGAGAAAAGGCUACAUAUUUCAAUGAACAGUUCAAACCUAUACAGAAGGAGUUUGCUGGCCUUGAUGGUUUGUCCAUGUCAGAUGUUGUGGAUCUGGUGGAACAGAGCAAAGACACUCUGGAUGAUGUUUGGAGGCAGACAGAUUUUGAGCCUUAUCCAGAGACAAGAAUGGUCCGACUCAUGGAUGUCAUAGGUGGAGCCUUGGGAAGGUACGUCCAGAAGAAGCUGAGCGGCAUUAAGAUCUUUGAGGAGCCAUUUGUGCUGGUGAGAGAGAACCUCAGAACAGGGGUCUCCAUCUGUGAGCAGUGGGUGGUAGCCUGCGAGCACCUGACUGGACAGGUGUGGAAAAGACAUGCUCCACAUCCCUGGAAGGGAAACAAGCACUGUCCACAAACCCUUCACUCCCUCGCAAAAAGACUCAAUGAGAUGGUGACUCUUCGUGUGGUUCACGAGAAACUGCUCUGUUUGCUGCCUGGAGGAAAGCAGCAGGCUCUGACUUCAGCUCGUGUGUUCGAACCUUUUUCUGGACUCAACCCUGUGCACUACAACCCUUACACUGAGCCUCUUUGGAGAGCAGCAGUUGCUCAGUUUGAGCGUGUAAUAGCGCCAUCUGAGCUGGAGGUCGCAGGCAGACUGAAGAGCUACAUUUCUGAUGUGCAGGACAACCCACAGCAGCUGCUGCAGCUUUUUCAGAAACACAAGGAGCUGAUCAGACGUCCCACAAUCAGCAAAGAGUUGCAGUCAGAAAGAGAAACAUUACUGGCCAGACUUCUAGACUACAACAAGGGCCUAAAGAAUGACUUUGAUAAUCGUUGCCAUGGAGACCCUGGUGAAAAGUCGGGCCCACUGACUGGCAGAAACCUUCCUGAAGUGGUGAACAAAGUAGUUUGGGUUCGACAUCUGUUACACAAGGUGGAGGAUUCUGUUCACAUAGCUGAAGCUCUGCUCGCGGACCUGUCUGGGUUCAAAGGUUUUCUGCGUUUCUGCGAUGACCUGCUGGACAUUCUGAGAGCGUACGAACAGGAGCAGUUUGAAGACUGGUCGAGAGAUAUCUUGUCUGGACUGGCUGACCCAAAGUCAGGGAUCAGUCUUCAGGCCAGUAGCUGUGUGAUGGAACUGGACCACGUGGAUGGCAGUCUGAAGAUCCAGUACUCAGACAGACUGGUCAGCCUGCUCCGGGAGGUCAGGCAGCUUUCAGCUCUGGGUUUUCCCAUCUCAGCCAAGAUACAGCAGGCAGCAAAUACAGCAGAUAAAUUCUACAGGCAAGCUGUUGUCCUGAAACAGGUGGCCCAUUUUUACAACACCAUUGACCAGCAGAUGAUUCCUUCUCAGAGACCCAUGAUGCUUAGUCUUGCUCUCGCUUUUGAACAAGUCAUCAAGAACCCUCGUUCCCAGUCAAAAGAAUCAGGAGGUAAACUGCAGAUCACCUGGGAUAAUCCCAAAGAGUUGGAGGGUUACAUCACCAAGCUGCAGUCUGCUGCCGAGAAGCUUUCCUCCGUGAACAGAAAGUUACGAAAAUGGCACACUGACUUCAUUGACAAGGUGGUGACACUUAUGAAUGUUGAUCUACUGAAGCAUCAGCAGCGAUGGAAAGAUGGACUUCAGGAGCUUCGUACUGGCUUUGCUACUCUAGAAGCUCAGGGCUUCAGGAGUGAUGACAUGCAAGCGUGGCGUCAGCACUGGAACCAUCAGCUCUACAAGGCCCUCGAACACCAGUAUCAGACUGGACUAGAGGCUCUAAACAGGAACUUGCCUGAAAUUCACAUCGACCUCAUUUUCAAGCAGGGCCGUCUACAGUUCCGUCCGCCCUUUGAGGAGGUGCGAGCGCGAUAUUUCCGGGAGAUGAAGCGUUUUAUCUCGAUCCCGAACCAGUUUAGAGGAGUCAGUAUCCAGGGGGAGGAGCUUAUCUUUAACAUCAUGAUUGACAGAAACGCCUCUGGGUUCCUUACCAUUUUCAGCAAGGCUGAAGACCUCUUCAAUCGCCUGCAGGCUGUACAAGACAUUUUUAAGGAAUGGGUUGUGCUUGGCCAGGUGGAUUUGGAGAAGUUGGUGGAGAAGUAUCUCAGUUCUGUUCAGGACUGGGAGAGAAAUUUCAAGGCCCUGAAAGCUAGAGGGAAAGAGUCGGAACGCCUGCCCAGUCAGGAGAAGGUGGACUGUAUUAUAGUCAACUGUGAGCCAGUUAAAGCCACCAUUGACGAUCUGAUCCAGAGGCUGUUUGACAUGCUGCUCUCAUCACUCAGAAAGUCUGUACAAGGCCACACACAGGCCAUAAACAGUUUUGUGUCAGAAUCAAUGGAGGCCUUGUCCUCACGACCCGAGAGCAUGGAGGAGAUUGGGGCGGCUAAUGGCAAAUAUAACCAGAUACUCACCCGCAAGCCAGAAGUCUUGCCUCAGUUCCAGUUUGCUGAGGAGAAGAAUCGCCUGCUGCGAGCUGUAGCCGGGGCAGGCCUGGACUCUCUGUCUUCGCUGAGAGCCAAGUGGGACAAACUGGAGCUGGUCAUGGAGAGCCACCAGCUUAUGAUCAAAGACCAGGUGGAGGUGAUGCGAAAUCAUGUGGCAGGGCGCAUUAACGCCUACAGGGCCGAUCUGGAGCGGUUUAAGGCCCGCUGGGAUCAACUAAAGCCUAAAGAUGAGAUUCUGGAGACCGGUGAUCACGCUGCUCUGCUCGCAUGUCUUCAGACCAUUAGGGACAAACAGCAGGAGUUUCAGGAGCUUGAGCUUGUACACAAUAAACUGCUGGAAGACUGUACCUAUUUUGAUCUGGAGCCUCCAGACUUCUCCCUGGCGGAAGAAACAAAACGAGACAUGGCAGAGUACAGCCAGAUGUGGGGUCUGUAUGAGGAGUGGCAGCAAGGUUUCACUGAGAAGGCCCAGGAGGACUGGAUCUCAUUCAGGAGUAAGACGUACGUGUUUGAGGAGUUUUUGUUUAUGUGGCAAGAACGGUUAAGUAAACUGGAGCAACCUACUGCCUUGUCUGUUAAACUACAAGCAGAAGUGGACAAAUAUAAGAACAUGGUGCCUGUGCUGAAGUACGUACGAGGGGAGCACCUUUCCCAGGAUCACUGGUUGGACAUGUUCCGUUUGUUGGGUCUUCCACGGGGGACAACACUGGAAAGACUAACCUUUAAUGACCUCCUCGGUGUGGCAAAUACCAUCAUAGAAAAGGCACUGGAGCUUAAGGAUUUGAACAGUCGCGCUCAGGCAGAGGUGACGAUCAGAGAAGCUCUCAGGGAGCUGGAUUUGUGGGGUGCUGCAGCUACCUUCACCCUAACUGAGUACACAGACAACAGUGGGCGCACACUAACCCUCAUCAAGGACUGGAAGGAUAUAGUCAACCAGGUGGGAGAUAACCGCUGUCUGCUGCAAUCCCUGAAAGAUUCACCCCACUAUCGCAGCUUCCAGGACAAGGUUGGUCUGUGGGAGGUUCGUCUGUCAGACUUAGACGAGUACCUGCUCAGUCUGAACACCAUUCAGAGGCGCUGGGUUUAUCUGGAGCCUAUUUUUGGGCGAGGAGCAUUACCUCGAGAGGAGGCCCGCUUCAAGCGAGUAGAUGAAGACUUCAGGUCUAUAAUGUCAGAUAUUCAGAGGGACAACAGAGUUGUUUCUCUGAGCUCACGAGCUGGCAUCAGAAACUCCCUCGUCACCAUUCUGGAUCAGCUUCAGCGCUGCCAAAAGUCACUGAAUGAGUUCUUGGAGGAAAAGCGCUCUGCCUUCCCACGUUUCUAUUUUAUAGGAGAUGAUGAUCUUUUGGAGAUUCUGGGACAAGCGACCAACCCAAGCGUCAUCCAAUCACACCUCAAAAAACUGUUUGCAGGCAUCCACAGUGUUGUAUUUGAUGAGCAGUGCCAGAACAUUGUUGCAAUGUGUUCUUUGGAGGGAGAAGUAGUUCAACUCAGAAAUUCUGUACACAUCUCCAGUCUGGUUGAGGUUUGGCUGAGUGAGCUGUCUGUGGAAAUGAAGGAGACUCUUAAGCAUCUGCUGCAUGAAUGUCUGACUGCAGGGAGGAAAGGGGAGGUGGACCCCUCACGCUAUCCAUCACAGAUUUUGUGUCUGGCUGAGCAAAUCCAGUUUGCAGAAGAUGUGGAAAGAGCAAUGAAAGAGCAAAAUUUACACCAACUGGAGGUUGAGCUCAAUAGCAAACUGGAGCACUACACCACAGUGGAGACCAGCUCGGAUGACCAUUCUAACACAGAGUCCAGCAUCCUGCAGCUGAAGCUGAAAGCUUUGAUUCUGGACAUUAUUCAUAACAUCAGCAUGGUGAAGCAGCUGAACCAGGCAGGCGUUAUCGGUGCCGAUCAUUGGGCCUGGAAGAAACAGCUUCGCUUCUACAUGGGAACAGACAAAUGCUGCCACAUACACAUGGUGGAUGCACAGUUUAGCUACACAUAUGAGUACCAGGGCAAUGCAGCUAAGCUGGUGCACACGCCGCUGACUGAUAAGUGCUACCUGACUCUGACCCAGGCCAUGAAGAUGGGGCUUGGUGGAAACCCCUAUGGGCCCGCUGGCACCGGCAAGACAGAGUCGGUCAAAGCCUUAGGGGGGCUCUUUGGUCGACAGGUUUUGGUGUUCAACUGUGAUGAGGGUAUCGAUGUGAAGUCAAUGGGACGAAUAUUUGUUGGUUUGGUAAAGUGUGGCGCAUGGGGCUGCUUUGACGAGUUUAAUCGUUUAGAGGAAGCAGUGCUAUCAGCAGUUUCCAUGCAGAUUCAGGCCAUUCAAGAUUCCCUCAGACAUCACAAAAACACUUGUGAACUGCUGGGGAAGGAGGUGCAAUUGGACCCAAACUCUGGGGUGUUCAUCACAUUGAACCCAGCAGGAAAGGGCUAUGGAGGCAGGCAGAAACUCCCAGACAACCUGAAGCAGCUAUUCAGGCCUGUGGCCAUGAGCCGGCCCGACAACGAGCUCAUUGCCAAAGUCAUCCUCGACUCAGAAGGCUUCAAAAAUGGAGAGCUACUGGGAGGCAAAUUGGUUGCAAUCUUUAACCUAGCCAGGGAGUUGUUGACACCUCAGCAGCACUAUGACUGGGGUUUGCGUGCUCUGAAGACUGUGCUGAAGGCCUGUGGCAGUCUCCUGCAGCAACAAAGGAGAAGUCAUGACAAGGAGAAGAUCCAGGAGAGUAAUCUUGUGGUGCAGGCGCUGAGACUGAACACCAUGUCCAAGCUGACUUUUGCAGACAGCUCUCGUUUUGACGCUCUGGUCAGAGACGUCUUCUCUGGGGUUAAUUUCACCGACAUGGUGGACCAGAUACUAAUGGAUACAUUACAACAAGUCUACAAAGAGGCACAGCUCGAACUUAUACCCAGCCAGCUGAAAAAGGCUUUGGAACUAAAUGAGCAGCUCAGACAGCGCAUGGGUGUAGUCAUCGUGGGGCCAAGCGGGGCAGGAAAGUCCACACUCUGGAGGAUGCUCAGGGCUGCUCUCAACAAGACCGGCAAAGUGGUGAAGCAGUACACAAUGAAUCCUAAAGCCAUGCCCAGACAUCAGCUUUUGGGACAUAUAGACAUGGACACCAGAGAAUGGUCUGAUGGUGUUCUCACACACAGUGCAAGAACUGUAGUCAGAGAACUGCAGGAGGUGAACUCCUGGAUAGUGUGUGAUGGAGACAUCGACCCAGAGUGGGUAGAAAGCCUGAACUCUGUCCUCGAUGACAAUCGGUUGUUAACCAUGCCCAGUGGAGAGCGCAUCCAGUUUGGGCCCAAUGUUAACUUCCUGUUUGAGACUCACGACCUCAGUUGUGCCUCACCUGCCACCAUAUCCCGUAUGGGCAUGAUCUUUCUUAGUGAUGAGGACAUUGAUGUGAGUGCUUUGGUGAAGUCGUGGUUAAGGCGACAGCCAGACGAGUGUCGUGAUAACUUGGAAAACUGGCUGGGGGAUUAUUUCCAAAGAGCUCUGGACUGGGUUCUCAAACAGAAUGACUUUGUGGUUGAAACUAGCCUGGUGGGUACUGUAAUGAAUUCUCUAUCCCACCUGAAUGCUGUGAAUGAGAGGGGACAGUUUAUCAUUGGUCUUCUGAGGGGCAUGGGAGGAAACCUCAACAUCAAAACACGACAGGAACUUGCAAAGCAGUUGCUGAGCUGGGCGAGGGAGAGUCCACCAGAUCCAAAAAAACCACUUGAUACCUAUUAUAAUUCUGAUAGCGGCCAACUAGCAGCUUAUACGUUCCAGCAUCCUGAGGAUCUCACUUUGGAUCAGUUCUUUCACACACACAUGCUGCCUGUUAUAAAGACUCCCGGCAUGCAGAGGGGUUUGCAUGGCUUCUCUCCAUGGCUUACAGCUCAACACAGACAGCCCUUCAUGGUGGUUGGGCCCGAGGGCUGUGGAAAGGGCAUGCUCCUGCGCUACGCCUUUUCUCGCCUUCGUUCCACUCAAGUCGCUGUAGUUCACUGCAGUGCUCAGACUUCAUCACGCCACGUCCUACAGAAGCUCAGCCAGACUUGCUUGUUGCUCAGCUCAAACACUGGCCGAGUGUUCAGACCAAAGGACUGUGAGAGUCUAGUUCUUUAUUUAAAAGACAUCAACUUACCCAAACCGGACAAAUGGGGGACGAGCAACCUCACUGCCUUCCUUCAGCAGGUGUUGACAUACAAAGGAUUUUAUGAUGAAAAUCUAGAGUGGGUGAGUCUUGAAAACAUUCAGGUGGUGGCCUCCAUGUCAACAGGAGGUGCUGUUGGCAGCCAUGCGCUCACCUCCCGUUUCUCCUCAAUUGUACGCAUCUGUACCAUAGACUAUCCAGACAGAGAGCAGCUGCAGACAAUCUACUCCGCUUACCUGCAACCAGUUCUCCAGCAUAGCCUGGGUAGCCAAGCAGCCUGGGCCACUACAGGGAAAAUUCACCAGCUGGCUGGGUUUUUCGUGCAGCUCUAUGAACAGGUCAAAACAAAGUUUACAGUGGAUGACCACAGUCAUUACCUGUUUACCCCCUGCAUCCUCACAGAAUGGGUCCUCAGCCUCCUGCGAUAUGACCUUACUUCAGCUCAAUCUAAUUUGACAGACAGCAUCUUGGAGGUGGUGGCAUACGAGGCCCGGAGGCUGUUCAGGGACCGUCUAGUUUCCUCCAAAGAUGUUCACAACUUUGAAAACAUCCUUUCCUCCAUCAUACGAGGGGACUGGGGCUCUGAUGUUCUCGACAACCUGACCGACGGUUUCUAUGUGACAUGGGGAGCAUCUGAAGGAGCUGUAAUGGCUCCAGGCCAGCUUCUGCCCCCACAUGGUAAACAACUGGGUUGCCUGGAUUCUGCUGAUUUAAAACAAGUUAUACAGAAGGGGGUAGUUCUGUAUAGUCGUGACAACAAAGAGUUGGACCUUCUCCUGUUCUGGGAAGUGUGUGACUUUGUGGCCAGGGUGGAUCGAGUCCUGAGUCGACCCGGUGGCUCCCUGCUCCUGGCGGGACGAAGUGGAGUGGGCCGACACACAACCACAUGCCUGGUGUCACAUAUGCAUGGUUACACGCUGUUCACACCCAAAAUCUCCCGCAGUUAUGGUCUUAAGCAUUUCAGCAAUGAUCUGAAGACGGUGAUGCAGCUGGCAGGUCUGGAGGGCCAACAGGUGGUUUUACUGUUGGAGGAUUAUCAAUUUGUCCACCCAGCUUUCUUAGAGAUGGUGAACAGCCUGUUAUCAUCAGGUGAAGUUCCGGGUUUGUACAGCCCAGAGGAACUAGAGCCUUUACUCUCGUCACUGAAAGAUUCUGCUUCCCAGGAUGGAUUCACAAGGCCACUCUACGACUACUUCUCCUACAGAAUCCAACAGAACCUCCACAUUGUCCUGAUCAUGGACUGCUCUAAUUCUAACUUCACUAUCAACUGUGAAAGCAACCCAGCCUUUUAUCGCAAAUGUUCUGUCCAGUGGAUGGAAGGAUGGUCUGACAGCAGCAUGAAGAAGAUUCCUGAAUUACUGUUGGUGAAAACAGAAGGAGGAGGAGAGGAGAGUGAAAAAGAGAAGGCCACUAAGCAGAAAAACUCAGGAUCUGAUCUUGGAGAACUUGGCCGUUUGUUCCUAACUGUGCAUGAGUCAUGUAGGGAACAUGGUGCAACCCCGAGCCAGUACUUGGCCUUUCUGCACGUCUACACUGCGAUACACAGCCGGAAGCAAAGCCAGCUUACUACAAGACAGCUACAUCUACAGGCAGGGGUGUCGAAGCUGAAUGAAGCUAAAGCUUUGGUUGAUGAUUUGAAGAGGCGGGCUGCAGAGCAGAGUACACUGCUGAAAACUAAACAACAGGAGGCAGAUGCUGCUCUGCAGGAAAUUACCACCUCCAUGCAGCUUUCUGGCUAAACGCGGUGUGAGGGAGGACAUAGCCACAUUUGAAGCCAGGAACAUCACUCCUGAGAUUCGCCAGAGUGUGGAGGAGUUGCUGAACAAAAACAAAGCCUCGUUUGACCCCAAGAAUGCAAAGCGUGCAAGUGCUGCAGCUGCUCCUCUGGCUGCUUGGGUCAAAGCCAACGUCCAGUACUCCUUUGUCCUGGAGAGAAUUGAGCCAUUGGAAAGAGAGCAAGCUGGACUACUAGAGAAUCUCAGAAAAACUGAGAGUAGGAAAAACAAGCUGGAGGACCAGCUCAACAGUGUGGGCGCCAAAGUCAACAAGCUGAAAGAGAAAUGUCUGAGAUAAAGAGUGAGUUGGAUACACUCCCCAUCAGGGCUUUACUUGCUGCAGCCUUCAUCGCCUAUCUGUCCGCUGCUUCUGAAGACCGGCGAAGACACUGUCUGGAGAUUUGGAUGGCUCAGUCUGGACUACAGAAGUUUGACUUGCGGUCCUUCUUGUGCUCGGAGAGUGAACAGCUGAUCUGGAAGAGUGAAGGGCUGCCGUCCGAUGACCUAUCUAUGGAGAAUGCUCUGGUUAUACUGCAGAGUGUUGCCUGUCCGUUCCUGAUUGACCCAUCAUCCCGAGCCACAGAGUGGUUACGCACACACCUCAAAGAACACAGACUAGAGGUUAUCAACCAGCAGGAUAACAACUUCAUGACAUCUCUGGAGCUGGCAGUCAGAUUUGGAAAAACUCUGGUCAUCCAAGAGAUGGAUGGUGUUGAACCCGUGCUCUAUCCACUACUGAGGAAGGACCUCAUUGCACAGGGUCCCAGGUAUGUGGUUCAGAUAGGAGACAAGGUUAUUGAUUACAAUGAGGACUUCCGUCUCUUUCUGGCAACUCGGAACCCCAGUCCCUUCAUCCCGCCUGAUGCUGCUUCGGUGGUUACAGAGGUCAACUUCACCACCACCAGGGCAGGCCUGCGAGGACAGCUGCUAGCCCUAACCAUCCAGCAUGAGAAGCCAGAAUUGGAGACUGAGAAAACAAGACUGCUGCAGCAAGAGGAGGACAAGAAGAUACAAUUGGCUCAGUUGGAAGAAUCUUUGUUAGAGACGUUGGCCACGGCUCAAGGUAAUAUUCUGGAGAACAGGGAGCUGAUAAACAGUCUGAACCAAACCAAGGCGAGCAGUGCUCUGAUUCAGGAGUCGCUGGUGGAAUCGCACAGGCUGCAGGCAUCUUUGGACCAGGAGCGGGAUGCUUACCUGCCCUUUGCAGAGAGUGCUAGCAAGAUGUAUUUUGUCAUCACAGACCUGUCAAAGAUCAACAACAUGUACUGCUUCAGCCUUGCUUCCUUUUUGCGCCUGUUCCAAAGAGCUCUUCAGACUGAGAAGGAAGAAGAGAAUACUGAUGCCAGGAUUGCUGCUUUGGGGACCAAUCUAAAGACUAUGGUGUAUGAAUACGUCUGCAGGUCUCUUUUCAAGGCUGACCAGUUGAUGUUUGCUAUGCAUUUUGUGAAAGGCAUGUACCCAGAACUCUUCCAGGAGGGUGAAUGGGAUGUCUUCAUUGGAUCCAUUGUUGGAGAAAUGUUUAAGAAAGAAGAGUUUCCUUCUUGGAUUGAUCAAGAGAGACAUGGAACAUUGGCCAUUUUGAAAACGACAUUCCCAGCAUUUUACCAGACUUUGGGUUUGAGUGAUUCAGACCUUUGGCUGUCCUUCUUGCAAAGCUCCCAGUGUGAACAGGAAAUCCCAUCCAGCAUUUCCAAAAAGAUUAGUCUCUUCCAACAGCUGUUGUUGGUUCAGGCAGUCCGACCCGAUCGGCUGCAAAGUGCCAUGAUAUCAUUUGCCUCCCAGGCCCUUGGUAUGAAGCUCUCUCCCCCUCCUCUGAAUCUGCGUCGUCUCUACACUGAAACAAUGGAGUGGGAGCCGGUGUUAAUCAUCAUCUCCCCGGGGGCAGACCCAUCCCAGGAGCUUGCAGAACUAGCAGCAGAAACCAUUGGCAGGGACAACUAUCAUGAGAUCUCCAUGGGUCAGGGACAGGCUGAUGUGGCCUUAGCCACACUCAGAGAAUGUUCCCGAAAUGGGGACUGGCUUUGCCUGAAAAACCUUCACCUUGUCACUGCCUGGCUACCCCUCCUAGAAAAAGAACUAAACAUGCUGCAUCCGAAAGCAAGCUUUCGUCUAUGGCUGACUGCAGAAGUCCACCCCAGAUUUCCCCCCAUACUGCUGCAGUCCAGCCUAAAGAUCACUUAUGAGGCUCCGCCAGGGUUGAAGAAGAAUCUCCUGAGAACAUAUGAGUCCUGGACUCCAGAGCAAAUCAGCAAAGGAGGCGAUCUGGUUAGAGCCCAAUCUCUGUUUUGCCUGGCGUGGUUUCAUGCUGUCUGUCAGGAGAGAAGAAACUAUAUUCCACAGGGCUGGACAAAGUUUUAUGAGUUUUCCCUGUCAGACCUCCGUGCUGCUUUUGAGAUCAUUGACAGGCUGUUUGGAGGUGGUAAAGUUUUCCAGUGGGAGUUUGUCCACGGCCUGUUGGAGAACGCCAUCUAUGGAGGACGAAUUGAUAACCCCUCUGAUCUUCGGAUCCUGCGCUCCUACCUCGAGCAGUUCUUCUCCGCACGUCUCCUGUCAGCCUCCUCGGCUGGACAGAGGAAGAGUAAAGGAGGCACUCGCAUUUUCCCCUCUCAGAUCAGCCUUCCAAACUCUUGCUCCAUAUUGGACUACCGCAGUGUCAUAGAGAAUCUCCCAGAGGAUGACAGGCCUGCAUUCUUUGGUCUGCCUGCCAACAUAGAAAGAUCCUCCCAGAGAAUCAUCAGCUCCCAGGUAAUUUCCCAGCUGCGUAUCCUCAGCCGAUCAGUAGCAGCAGGUUCUAAAUUCGACAGGGAGCUGUGGUCGAAUAGCCUCUCACCGAUUCUCAACUUAUGGAAGAAACUCAACCAGGGUUCGUCUUUGAUCCAUCAGAAGGUGGACCCACCCACAGAAGGUCAAAGUUCACCAGUUUUAUCCUUUAUUGUUCUGGAGAAAUUCAAUGCCAUCCGCUUGGUCCAGAGCAUCCACCAGUCUCUGGCUGCACUGAGCAAAGUCAUCCGAGGGACUCAACUGUUGACCCCAGAGGUCCAAAAACUGGCCACUGCCCUCCUUAACCAAGAGAGUUGGGUGGAACGUGCAGGAAGAGAAGCUCUUCUUUCCGACAUCCUUGAUUUAUCAGAGCUCUUCCACCCAGAUACCUUCCUUAAUGCUUUGCGACAGGAAACUGCCAGGUCUAUGGGCUGUUCGAUGGAUAGCUUGGUGUUUGUCUCAUCAUGGAAGAGUCCAAUCGCUCAGGCCAAGCUACAAGUCAAGGUUGGAGGUCUUCAGUUGGAGGGUUGUCGCUUCGAUGGCACAUAUCUCAGUGAGAACCAGCACGAUUCUCCCAGUGUGUCCGCUGUUCCGCCGUGCUACAUGGCUUGGGUCCCACAGACCUCUGCUUCUAACUUUGCUGCAUCAGAGGAGAACAUCUGGCUGCCGCUGUACACCAGCUCGGAGCGAGUGAAGGUGGUCACACACGUCUCCCUGCCCUGUGGAGCCAACUCCAGCCUGUGGAUCCAGACUGGAGCUGCUCUCUUCCUCAAACAGCAGUGAGAACAAAAGCUCUCAGAUGCAACGAUCUACAUAUCAGUCUAAUUUGCACAGUGUGGUUCGAGCGAAAGAACCAAAGUGCGAGAAAAGAAGAAAAGGGACUUUGAAUUAAUACUUCACUAAAAAGUCCUUUUUUGUCUGAAUAAUCUAACGACAAACUGGAACAGUGUUUUUAAUAAAUCAUAAUCCUAAUAUUGUUCAUUUUCAAGGCUGCAUAAAACCUUGAGACAUUUUAACUCACUUUCUGUCCUAUAAAACUCUACUUUACAUAAGUUAUAUAUUUGAUAAAAUAGUGUAAAACUUUACAGUUAUUCUUAUUUAAAGGUGUGCUUCCAGCCUGAAUGUUUGUUGUACAGUUAUUCUGCUAUGUAAGGUCUUUGCUGACCUCAUUUAUUGAAAAUAAAUAUGAGACAAAUCAC